AUGGCUACUCUCGAUCGUGGGGUCAACAUUUACAACACGUCUGUUGUGCCGCCGCCAAUCGGCCAGGAGUCCAAUUUUGACAGACCGCUCUCGGACGUGCAACUCGCGACAAUCACGGUCUUUGCAGUCACGUACCUCCUCGCCACGGUCUCCCUCGCUCUUCGAUAUGCCACAAGCGCACUGGUCGUCAAGGAAUGGGAACUCGAUAUCGUGCUCAUCACGCUCGCAUGGGGCGCCGCGCUGGGCUACUUCAUCUCUGUUUGCUUCAUGAUGAAGUACGGAUGGGGCUCGCAUGCUUGGGAUGUCUCUCUUGCAGAUAUGGUUCAGUAUAACAAGUACCUUUCUCCGACGACGUUAACGUACAUGUGGAGUCCGACCCUGACGAAGCUCUCGAUCCUGUCCGUUCUUUACCGCAUCAGCCCGGCACGAGGCUACCAGAUCUCGGUCUAUGUCAUUGCAAUUGCGUUAUUGGUCCAUACCAUCACUUUCACCGUAUUGCUUUCAGGGCCUUGCAAUCCGAAGGAUGUUGGGUCGGGAGUCUGCUUGAACAAUCUCGCCAUCUCCCAAGUCGUCUUGAACAUCGCGACGGAUUUAUCCAUCAUCAUUCUACCGCUUCCCACGUUACACAAUCUUCAAAUACCAUUUCGACAAAAAGUUGUUGUGGGCUGUAUUCUGUCCAUUGGUUCUGCUGUCCUAAUCGCGUCCAUCGUCCGAGCUCCUUACGUCCACAUCAUGGCCACAAAUCCCGACUUCACCCGGAAACAAGCCGAGGCUGGUGUAUGGUCUUUGGUCGAACUCAACAUGGGCAUUGUAUGCAACAACCUGAUGCGCCUGAAGCCGUUUCUCAGAACAUACCUUCCCAGAGUAUUGACUUUUCUUGGUCUCACAGCCAAGUCUAAGCAUCAAGGAGACAAUCCAUCCAAGUCCAGCGGGAACUGGAGGGGCAGACUCUCGCACAGCUAUCAACUGAAUAGUCUAGAGCAUGAGGAUCCUCAUCAUAAGAGGUUUAGAAAGGAGCCGUCAGUGGACGAGGCUGCUUUUGGGGACUUGGAUAAAGAAGCUUCACGUCAUAAUGGGAGCACUGAUAAUAUACUUAGAUCAUAA